AGGCUGCCGGAUAUCCGCUGAGUGACCCUUACAAGUCCUUAGUGGAGUGGAUACCGUGUGGCCGCUGGUGUUAAACCUAGAACCUUAGGGUGACAUGGGGCUGGAGGAUGAGCGAAAGAUGCUGACAGGGGCCGGAGAUCCGAAGGAGGAAGAAGAGGAAGAGGAGGAAUUAGUGGAUCCCCUCGCCACGGUGAGAGAGCAAUGCGAGCAGCUGGAGAAAUGUGUCAAGGCCCGGGAGCGACUAGAGCUCUGUGACGAACGUGUGUCCUCCCGGUCACAGACAGAAGAGGACUGCACGGAGGAGCUCUUUGACUUUCUGCACGCAAGGGACCAUUGUGUGGCCCACAAACUCUUCAACAGCUUGAAAUGAAUUUGCAGACUCCAGCCCUCAUCACAUGAGCAGAAGGAUAUGUCCCUAUGGUCUUGAACAAGCCAUUUGUUUCCCAUUUGUAUAACCAUGAGUUUAUGUCAGCCUCAUGGGCUUUGGCUUAGGAAAUAGCUUCUAUGUAAUUAGCAGGGAUUCCAUCUUAAUAAAGUCCUGUGGUCUGUG